CUCAGGCGAACAAAGGGGUUCGUGCAAGCCGUUUUAAUACAAGAGUGAAUUGCAAUUAUACAACAAUAAACAAGAGAUAAACAACUAGAAAAAAUGUCGAGCAACAAUCCAGGAGAUCAGUAUUCCUGGGUCGCGGAACAAGAGAGUACAGAAUAUUAUUCAAACUCCUCCAUUCCAUACCCCCCGCCUGAUUUUUCACAACCACCUCCUAAUUUUCGAGUACCACCUCCUAGUUUCACAAAUUACCAGGGGAAUUAUCAGAACAAUUCGUAUGACAAAUCAUCGAGUGAUAAUUAUGGUUAUCCUCAAAGUGGUUCUUACCAGAAUUACAACAAUUACUCGCCAUAUACCUAUCAAGGUUACGCAGAUACUGCAGGCCAUACUGGAACUCAAUACGCAUCUUCAGGGAAUGAUUCAACCCAGCAGCGAUGGUCUUCAAACAAUCAGUGGAACAGGAAUCAUUCAGAGUCUGAAUCAAAGGAUGGCAGCUGGAAGGGAGGCUGUAAAAAUGAUACUGGUAGUGGCGACUGGAAUCAAACAUCUAGUGUAAACCGCAAUGACUCUUCAAAACGUACUGAUAGCAGGUACGAUAAGCCACGAGCCUCAGACUGGAGAGGAUAUGGUGAUAAAGGCUCAUACCCUAACAAGCAGUGGUCAAAGGGUUCUGAUUAUCAAUCAAGUCAUUACAAGGCCUCCAACUCUCGUGGAAUGCCAAUGGAGAGAUACAGACGAGCAGACAGACAUCAUUAUUACAAGAAUGAGGAUUACCGAAGUCGUGAGAGGACACGAAGUAGGGAGAGAACAAGAAAGAGAUCGAGAUCAUUGGAAGCUGAUCCUACGAGGGGUUCAGCUGCUGUUGGGAGUAGUAGUAGCAGUAGCAGCAGCAGCAGUACCCCUGCUACUGCCACCACUGCUGCAGCCACCACCACCAAAACUCUUGGAAAACCAAAGAGAGAGUUGACUGAGCGGGAGGUAUUGCUGGAAAAAUAUAGGCGAAAUUAUUGCGCUACCAGCCGUGAUAUUGAGAAGAAAAUGGACGAACUAGGUCCUGAUGGGAUCUUAGAGUGUGAGAGAAAAAUCUGGACGCGAACAGCUCCAGCAGAUCUUUACUACAAUAGAGAUGAGACUAAUCCAAAGAUAAUGAGAGGAACGGCAAAACUCGAUGAAUUGUGUGAUGUAUUCAAACGAGUACUUCUCGAUAGAGCGUCACUCACUCGAGCUAUCCAACCCCCUUACGAGCCUCCACUGCGAAAAACUAGGAGACGCGUCUGCAGGCAUAAAUCAGAAAUAUGCAGUAGCGACAGCAGUUCUUCAGACGGUGACAGUUCUAUGGAUGAAGUCGACAGGACAAUGGAGGAAUUGAUGGCGAAGAAGGAGCAUCCACAGAGGUUGCACAAGGAGAUGUGGUUCAAUGAUCCUGGGGAAAUGAAUGAUGGACCAUUAUGCAGAUGCAGUGCUAAAUCGAGAAGAUCGGGAAUUCGUCACGGCAUUUAUGCCGGUGAAGGUACAAUAAAUCCUUGUCAAUUCAACUCCAACAAUGCGGACAAAUUGUUUCAUUAUAGAAUAACGAUAAGCCCUCCUACUAAUUUUCUGACAAAAACACCGACAAUCAUCAAACAUGAUGAGCACGAAUUCAUAUUCGAGGGCUUCUCCAUGCUCUCUCAUUUUCCGCUUGUUAAACUGCCUACGUGUAAAGUCAUUAGAUUCAAUAUUGAAUAUACUAUUCUUUAUAUUGAGGAGAAAUUACCGGAGAAUUUCACUGUCCAGGAACUGGAUUAUUUUCAAAAGUAUCUUUUCAAGGAGAUAUUAGAAUUAAUGGAUUUUGAUUUGCAUCCAGCCCAAGAUAAAAGUGGUUGUGGGCAGUUUCACUUUAUGCCAAGAUUCGUUAGGGAUUUGCCCGAUAAAGGACAAGAAAUUCUAUCGAUGAAUGAAGUAUUGAAUUAUUUGAUAAAAAGUAGUACGAGAUUAAUCGAGGAGGAGGAUUUACCGCGGCUAAUUGAAAUGCCUCAGUACAAGUGGCAAAAUUUUGCGGAUGAAGUUAAAGGAAUGGUAGUGACAUAUCCAGGUAAAAAACCGUGCAGUGUAAGAGUAGAUCAACUCGAUCGAAAUCAAGACGAUCAGGAUCAGGAAUCCAAUCAAAAUGAUGAAGCAAAUGGGACACCCUAUCCAGCCAUCGUUCACUUUGGCAUAAGACCACCUCAAUUGAGCUACGCUGGUAAUGCUGAUUAUCAAAAAGCCUGGAGAGAUUAUGUAAAGUUCCGUCAUCUUCUAGCUAAUAUGCCGAAGCCUUCAUUCGAGAAUAAAAGAAAACUAGAAGCCAAAGAGAACAAACUCCAAGAAUUGAGGACACAGAGUAAAAUGAAACGAGAUGUCACUGUCGAUAUGAGCUCGGAGGGAUUUUAUCGAACUGGAAUAAUGUGUGAUAUUGUUCAGCAUGCCAUGUUGAUUCCUGUUCUAGUGUGUCACUUGCGUUUUCACAAAUCCCUAGACAAUUUGGAAACUACAUUGAAAUACAAAUUCAAAAAUAGAUAUUUAUUGCAAUUGGCACUGACGCAUCCUAGCUAUCGAGAAAACUUCGGCACCAAUCCAGAUCACGCAAGGAAUUCGUUGACGAAUUGUGGAAUUAGUCAGCCAGAGUAUGGAGACAGACGAAUCCAUUACAUGAAUACUCGUAAACGAGGCAUCAAUACUUUAAUAAACAUCAUGUCGAGAUUUGGAGCUAGAAGAGAAACAGAGUCAUCGAUAGCUCAUAAUGAGAGAUUAGAGUUCCUUGGAGAUGCUGUUGUGGAAUUUCUAUCAUCAAUUCAUCUUUUCCACAUGUUUCCAAAUCUCGAGGAGGGUGGUUUGGCAACUUACAGAGCAGCUAUUGUUCAAAAUCAACAUCUUGCUGUACUAGCUGAGAAAUUACAUCUGGAGCAAUACAUGCUGUAUGCUCACGGCAGUGAUCUCUGCCAUGACCUGGAGCUCAAACACGCCAUGGCCAAUUGUUUCGAAGCCCUGAUGGGCUCACUAUUCCUCGACGGUGGUAUUGAAGUCGCCGACCGAGUAUUCGGUGAAACUUUAUUUCAGAAAGAAUCGGAUUUAUUAUCCGUGUGGGUGAAUUAUCCGAGACAUCCUCUCCAAGAGCAGGAGCCCAUGGGCGACAGGCAGUGGAUAUCCAGCUUUGAAUUUCUCCAGAAGCUCACAAAAUUCGAGGAAACUAUUGGCGUGGAUUUCACUCACAUCAGAUUACUGGCCAGAGCAUUUACAGAUCGAAGUAUUGGAUACACUAAUUUAACACUUGGAUCCAAUCAACGAUUGGAAUUCUUGGGAGACACGGUUCUUCAACUUAUUGUAUCGGAAUACCUUUACAAAUUUUUCCCUGAGCAUCAUGAGGGGCAUUUGUCGCUUUUGAGAAGCUCAUUGGUGAAUAACAAGACACAAGCAGUUGUCUGUGACGAUCUAGGAAUGACGCAGUAUGCAUUAUAUGGAAAUCAAAAGGCAGAGCUCAAGACAAAGGAUAGGGCUGAUUUAUUGGAGGCAUUCCUCGGGGCUCUCUACGUGGACAAGGGUCUGGAGGCUUGCAAAGUAGUCUGCAACGUGUGCUUUUUCCCUCGGCUUCAGGACUUUAUUAUGAAUCAAGAUUGGAAUGAUCCCAAGAGUAAACUUCAGCAAUGUUGUUUGACCUUGAGAACGAUGGACGGGGGUGAGCCAGAUAUACCUGUUUACAAAGUCAUCGAGUGUAAAGGUCCCACCAACACGAGGGUCUACACAGUGGCUGUGUAUUUUCGUGGGAAGAGACUGGCCAAAGCCUCUGGACAUAGUAUCCAAGAGGCUGAGAUGAAUUCAGCUAAAGAAGCCCUGGAGAAGUCUCAGGAUCUCUUCCCUCAGCUCGAUCAUCAGAAACGAGUGAUUGCCAAGAGUGUCAAGAUGCAGCAGUGGCCCAGAAGAUCGAGAAUCAGGGUGUCGAGGCAUUCGGACAAGUCUGAUGAUUCUGAUUCUGCUCAGAGUAGGAAGAGGAGAAGUAGGAGCAGAGAGAGGGAUGAUUAUCGAAGAUCGCGUAGCAGUUAUGAAUAGUACUACUCAUUGUGAGUUUAAUAAAGGCUUUAUGAGAGGCUAUAUUUCAAUUUAUCACUU